UUAGAACAUAGGUUCUUGCGUGACACGUGUAGUGUUCGUCUCUUCGAUCUAGCAAUGGCCGCCACAACUCCCUCGGAUGGAAAUCUCACGCUGAUCGAACUCCUCGUCGACGGCGCCUCACUGGAGCCGGACAGCGAUGCAUUGAUCGCCUCCGGCGGCCCGCGCCUCACGCACGCCGAGCUCCAGGCAGCGAUUCUCCGCACGGCGUCCAAGCUCAAGCGCACCGGAUUGAAUCCUGGCGACCUCGUCUCGCUCGCAUUCCCCAACACGAUCGAGUUCGUCGUGGUGUUCUUGGCCGUGGCCAAGCUCCGCUGCGUCGCAGCUCCCUUGAACUCGGCCUACACACCGGAGGAGUUUCGAUUCUCUAUGCAAGAUGCUGGAUCGUCGCUGCUGCUAAUCCCAGGGCUGGAAGGAAACAAGAGCGCCGAGGAGGCUGCCGACCAGCUCGGCUUGCCAGUGGCAGGAAUCCACUGGGGGAAAGAGGAAGAGACGGGCCUUCUGAUCGUGGAAGUCACCCCCAAGAACAGGCUCGAGCUAAACUCCGAGAAGGAAGAUCUGGAUCUCCCACAUCCGGUUGGAAGCGAUGUGGCCCUCUUCCUCCACACCUCCGGGACUACGAGCAGACCCAAGGGGGUGCCACUCACCCAGUUCAACCUCGCCUCCUCCGUGAAGAAUAUCGUGGGAACUUACGAGCUCUCGGUGACGGACAAGACGGUGGUGGUGCUGCCGCUCUUCCACGUCCACGGCCUCAUGUGUAGCUUGCUCUCGACGCUGGCAUCGGGUGGGACAGCCAUUCUCCCAGCCGCUGGACGCUUCUCGGCCGCCACCUUUUGGAAGGACGUGAAGGAGUAUGGAGCUACGUGGUACUCGGCGGUGCCAACGGUCCAUCAGAUUUUGCUGGCUCGUCACAGGAGCAAUCCGGAGGCGGAGUAUCCGGAGCUGAGAUUCAUCCGGAGCUGUAGCGCGUCGCUGGCGCCGGCGGUGCUUGCGAACUUGGAAGAGGCCUUCUCGGCUCCGGUUUUGGAGGCGUAUGCGAUGACGGAGGCGAGCCACCAGAUGACGUCCAAUCCUUUACCUUCUCACGGGCCUCACAAGCCGGGGACUGUAGGCAAGCCAACGGGGAUAGAGCUGGCUAUUCUGGAUGACAAUGGCGAGAAGCAGGAGAAGACGAAGCAGGGAGAGGUUUGCAUCCGCGGCCCGAAUGUGACCACGGGGUACAAGGACAAUCCCGAGGCUAACAAGACGGCUUUCGCUUUCGGCUGGUUUCAUACUGGAGAUAGAGGCUUUCUCGACGAGGAUGGCUACGUAACUUUAACCGGGAGAAUUAAAGAGCUCAUCAAUCAGGGAGGCGAAAAGAUUUCGCCCCUCGAGGUGGAUGCCGUCUUGCUCGCUCAUCCGGCAGUAUCAGAAGCCGUGGCAUUUGCAGCGCCUGAUGAAAAAUACGGAGAAGUGGUGAACGCGGCCGUUGUUUUACACAAAGGCGAGUCCGCCACCGAGCAAGACAUCCUUGCCUUCUGCAAAAAGAACCUGGCGCAGUUCAAGCUCCCACGCCGGACGUUCUUCGCGGACGAGCUGCCGAGAACCGCGACGGGGAAGAUCCAGAGACGGAUCGUGGCGGAGCACUUCCUAUCUGGCAAGAAAGGCUCGUAAGCAAAGACGAAAGCCACCGCCAGCACACGACGCACCGGUAAAAAAACAUCCUCGUCCAGGCGUCCAUGUUUCGUGCCACUAUUUUCCUUUCCCAGUGCGUGCUAAUAAAACUGGCUUUUGCAGAGCCAAGAACUGGGCAUAGAAAGGUGUGCCCAUACGUUGUCGCUUU